AUGAGACUGCCCACUAUUCUUUCGUUGAUAUUCCUCAUAGCUUGUGCUAAUGCCGAAGAAGACUGGCACCUUAUUUACCCCCGCAAUGACACCAGCGCUUCUAGCGGGUACAAUGCAACAUUAGACUCAUAUACCUUGUAUUACGGAACACCUCCUAGGGUCAUAGAUGCUCUAGAGGAAAAGGGCGUGCACCCUAAUACGACAUUGCUCUCUACUGAGAUCGUACUUAAUCACACAGCUAUCCAGAUGUACGCCAGCGACAUAAUCGCAAACGGUCUCUACAAGCGCGGGUCUGAUGAACAUGACGUGGUUGACCUGGUGAUGAGUAUCACGCAGGCCUUGGUCAACGACUUCUAUGGCAACCAGACUACGACUUUGGUGAAAAGAACCACAUGGUGUUCGACAUUUAUAGGAUAUAUUAAGGACUCGACUGCUUACCAGGCCAUGCUAGCGUCAGAUAGGAAAUUUAAAGCUAAAUACAUAGGUGAAGGGAUCAGUAGCCUGUACCACAUGGGCCUAGACGUCUUGUCCAUGGCAGCGAACAUAGCUUCCAUAACCAAAAGCAGCUCGAGUGCGACCGCCUGCUAUGGCCGGGUCGAGACAUUGAAGUACACUAGUGGGAACAAAUCGUACAGGUAUACCAUAGGUAUAUACCCAUAUACUGCUGGGUCGAAGUGUGAUACAACACUUACAACUGAGGAGAUCGAAAUUAUUAUCGGAGAUAUGAUAGAAGAGGGCGAGAAACUUAAGUCAGCCGGAUGGUGUACCACCCUAACGCACAGCGGCACCUGGCGAUCACAUGUUAAAGUGAUGAGGGUGGAGGUCUCAGAACCAUGUCACUUCAGCUUGGGCGACAUCCAGUGUCCUGCGAUCUAA